CCACCUAUAUAAGAACCCUCACCUGCAAGAAUCUCCAGAGAGAAAGAGGAUAGAGAGAUACUGCACAGUGGUAGAGACGCUAAGCUAGCAGCUCGAGGGUUUCGGGGGUUUUGGCCGCAGCGGCGCGCGCAUUCCGUUUACGGCCAGCCAUGGCGAUCCUGUCGGACGUCGCCACCGAGGUGCUGAUCCCGAUCGCCGCCGUCGUCGGCAUCGCUUUCUCCAUCGCGCAGUGGGUGCUCGUCGCCCGCGUCAAGCUGGCGCCGACGCCGCCUGGCGCCUCCAGGGGCAAGGACUCGUACGGCGACUCGCUGAUCGAGGAGGAGGAGGGCCUCAACGACCACAACGUCGUCGCCAAGUGCGCCGAGAUACAGAACGCCAUCGCUGAAGGGGCAACAUCAUUCCUUUUCACUGAAUACCAAUAUGUUGGCGUUUUCAUGUCGAUAUUCGCGGUGGUGAUCUUCCUCUUCCUCGGCUCCGUCGAGGGGUUCAGCACAAAGAGCCACCCCUGCACAUACAGCAAGGACAAGGAGUGCAAGCCGGCUCUGUUCAAUGCACUGUUCAGCACUGUCUCCUUCCUGCUUGGAGCCAUCACCUCAGUGGUGUCUGGCUUCCUUGGGAUGAAAAUUGCCACCUACGCAAAUGCGCGGACUACCCUGGAAGCGAGGAAGGGUGUCGGCAAGGCCUUCAUCACCGCUUUCCGUUCGGGAUCGGUGAUGGGAUUUUUGCUGGCAUCAAAUGGCCUUCUGGUGCUUUACAUUGCGAUAAACUUGUUCAAGAUGUACUAUGGUGAUGAUUGGGAGGGUCUCUUUGAGUCUAUCACUGGCUAUGGCCUUGGUGGAUCUUCAAUGGCUCUGUUUGGAAGAGUGGGAGGAGGUAUCUACACGAAGGCGGCCGACGUCGGUGCCGAUCUUGUUGGCAAAGUUGAAAGGAACAUCCCUGAAGAUGAUCCUCGGAACCCUGCUGUGAUUGCUGACAAUGUUGGAGACAACGUUGGUGAUAUCGCUGGAAUGGGAUCAGAUCUGUUCGGGUCAUAUGCUGAAUCUUCCUGCGCUGCCCUUGUUGUCGCUUCGAUUUCUUCCUUUGGGGUCAACCAUGACCUCACUGGGAUGCUGUACCCACUGCUGGUCAGCUCCAUGGGCAUCAUUGUCUGCUUGAUCACUACACUCUUUGCAACUGACUUCUUUGAGAUCAAAGCCGUGAAAGAGAUUGAACCAGCAUUGAAGAAGCAGCUCAUCAUUUCUACAGCUUUCAUGACUGUUGGUAUUGCACUGGUUAGCUGGUUGGCGCUCCCGUACAAAUUCACCAUCUUCAAUUUUGGUGAACAGAAGGAAGUUACUAACUGGGGAUUGUUCUUGUGUGUUUCAAUCGGUCUAUGGGCUGGUCUGAUCAUUGGAUACGUGACAGAGUACUACACUAGCAAUGCAUACAGUCCUGUGCAGGAUGUUGCGGAUGCCUGCAGAACUGGUGCUGCCACAAAUGUCAUAUUUGGGCUUGCUCUAGGAUACAAGUCGGUUAUUAUUCCGAUCUUCGCUAUCUCUAUUGGUAUCUAUGUCAGCUUCACCAUUGCAGCGAUGUACGGCAUAGCGGUGGCUGCUCUUGGCAUGCUGAGCACAAUUGCCACUGGACUGUCCAUCGAUGCUUACGGUCCGAUCAGCGACAACGCUGGUGGCAUUGCUGAGAUGGCAGGGAUGAGUCACAGAAUCCGCGAGAGAACCGAUGCGCUUGAUGCUGCUGGAAACACAACUGCUGCUAUCGGAAAGGGGUUUGCCAUUGGAUCGGCAGCACUGGUGUCACUUGCGCUGUUUGGCGCCUUCGUCAGCAGAGCCGGAGUGAAGGUGGUCGACGUGCUGUCCCCCAAGGUGAUCAUCGGACUGGUCGUCGGAGCCAUGCUCCCGUACUGGUUCUCCGCCAUGACGAUGAAGAGCGUCGGCAGCGCGGCGCUGAAGAUGGUGGAGGAGGUCCGGCGGCAGUUCAACACCAUCCCGGGGCUGAUGGAGGGCACCGGCAAGCCGGACUACGCCAACUGCGUCAAGAUCUCCACCGACGCCUCCAUCAAGCAGAUGAUCCCUCCCGGCGCGCUUGUCAUGCUCACGCCGCUCAUCGUUGGCACGCUCUUCGGUGUCCAGACCCUCUCCGGUGUCCUCGCCGGCGCUCUCGUCUCCGGCGUGCAGGUUGCCAUCUCUGCAUCAAACACCGGUGGUGCGUGGGACAACGCAAAGAAAUACAUCGAGGCUGGCGCGAGCGAGCACGCAAGGUCGCUGGGGCCCAAGGGAUCGGACUGCCACAAGGCGGCGGUGAUCGGCGACACCAUCGGCGACCCGCUCAAGGACACGUCGGGGCCGUCGCUGAACAUCCUCAUCAAGCUCAUGGCGGUCGAGUCGCUGGUGUUCGCGCCAUUCUUCGCCACCCACGGAGGCUUGCUAUUCAAGCUCUUCUAGGAGAGAUGAAAAUCGGCCAAAUUUGAGGACGAACAUUUUCGAUCGAAUAAUAAUUACACCACGGAUCAUGUGGGCUGAAAAAAAAAACAAAGAACCUCUGCAAAUAAUGUUGCUUUGGUGGUAGUGGGACACUAUCUCUACGAUUUAAUUUUGUCUCGUAGGUUUUGUAAUUUGUAACUUUGCUGUGUUUCAUGCCUGCUUUGAGCUUUAGCUGCUGGACGGCUUGUAUAAAGUGACCAGAUGAUGUUCAUCUGCAGUUUACGUC